CCGUUGGCUGUGCACGCCUGCCGAUCGGCGUGGCCCAUGCUCCUUCCCGCUCCUGAGUCCUGACAGCGUCCAGAACGCGGCCUAACAGCGAACUCGUCGUCGCCAGUCUUCGCUCUCUCCCACCACUAUCGAUAUGGCGCCUCACAAGUCCAAAGCCCGCGCGCACCACCCGCAGCCGCCGCCCCAGCCCUCCGACUACGAGACGGACGCGCCGCCGCCCGCCGUCGACGUGCCCCUCCCCCCUCCGCGGUCAAACGAAGAGCUCAACUUCUCCGUCCUCCGCCGCAUCUAUCCUGAGCUGGCCGCUAUAGUGCACGUUACCCCGUAUGCCGCUCUCUACACGUUCAGCCUCGAGACCCAGCAGUGGGAGAAGCUCGGUGUUGAGGGCACCUUGUUCCUCUGCAAGCUCACGCCCUCACCCAUUGGUGCCGACCGCUACAGCGUUGCCAUACUCAACCGCCGGGGACUGGACAACUUCUACCUCGAGCUCACCAGUGAAGGGGAGAUGGAGUUCACAGAUCCCUAUGUCAUCCUCCAGGGCGAUCAGGUGUAUGGCAUCUGGGUGUUUGCAGACCCUCCGCCCGCUUCCACCGCCGACUGCCGUACCGACACUGCCACCAAGAUCAUGCAGGCUGCAGAGAAGGCACGACUAAGCCGAGAGGCGGGAGAACAGGAGGCCAGGAGCGGUGUGCACCAGGCAUCGGAACAGGUAGAGACAGCCACCUCUGCCCCCAUGGGACGCCAGCUCUCUCUCCGCGAGCUCUUUGGCCAGCAGCGACAGCAGGAUGCUGGUUUCAGUGUACACGACCAUCACAGCCAACAGAUUCAACCCCACCUGCACCAACAAGCAUACACACCCACACCCAACCCCGCCACGUCGCCCCAGGACGUGCUCGGCCAGUUGUUCUUCAACGCAAAGCAGAAUUACAAUGGCCUGGGCUGAUGGUCAAGCAGGACGCGUUAACACUCUCACUCAAACUCGCGAAAUGGGAACGGAUCAGAACGCAACCUUAGAGAGCAGCCCGUUUAGAUGAGCCACCAGCGCGCGCGGUUACACCGCCAAAACCAGUCGUCGUGUGCAUCCCUGACCCGUUGCUUUUAUUCAAAACAAAGCGCCCGUUUACGGCGAACAGCAAACCCUUACUGCACAAGAGUGGCACCGACCCGAAGAGCCUGCCACAGCGGCCUCAACCUUUGUCUGGGCAUGCUCCUGUCGACGAACACAGCGCACUGCAGGAAGCCGAGCUGGCACGGGAAGGGAGCUGCCCAUUACUCACACCCCUUGCUGUUACAAGUUUCCCGUCGCUUCUCAUCGGCCCGCCCGUUCAAUCCCUCGAUGGCACAGGACUGAGCUAUCGCGCAAGGCCGAAGUC